AUGGAAUCCCCGGAGGAGCGCGAAGCGAAUAAGCGCGAGCGUGAAGGGUCCGAGAAGAAGGAGAAGAAGCCUAAGGUGAAGGCAAUGCCAGCGAAGGUGAAGGCCAAGCCAAAGGAGGAUCCGAACAAGAAGGCCGAGCUGGAGAAGCAGAAGAAGGAGCCCCAGCGUGACACGCCUCGCCAAUCGAUCAAGAUCACCAAGGACAACAUGCACGACCAGAGCUUCCACGACUCCAGGUACUAUGCUGACGUGGCAGCUGGCAAGCCGCAUCACAUCGCCUGGAAGAAUGAGAAGGGCCGCUGUCGGGCAAUCCUGGACCGGCGAAGCGGUUUGGUCGAUCGAGUGUCAGAGAAGCUUGAACUUGAUGACAAGUGGCACUCCAAGCAUAGCGCGCCAGACACUGGCAAGAAGCGCAAGGAUCUCGAUGGCCUCAACGCCAAUGUGGAGACCGAGGUUUUGGACGAUCGCAAGGACAAGUCGAAGCCGAUUGAACGUCGAGAUGAAGCCGUGCCCAUGAGCCGGAAGGAACGCGAAUCCUUCCAGCAGUUUCCGGAUGACGAAAAGGCAGCGCUUGAGCGGCCAACGACCCGCAAAGCAGCUGAGCCUCGCAUCCGCGGAAAGGACUACUACAAGCGCAAGCGCGACUCCAAGGCUGGAAAGGAGUAUUCAGCUUUCAUGGAAAAGCUCCAUAAGAAGCAUGGGGGAAUGACUCCGGUGCGAAUGCACAAUGCGAUCUACCUCAUGGACUUUUUGGAUUGCGCCCGGAUCGAAGGAAGGCUCCGACUCUUUUGGCGGGCCUCCCAAUCGGGUGUAAGUCCGGAACUCCAACCAUUGGAGGAUGCUCCAGCCGCGUCGGCCGGGGCACCCGAUGAGGAAUCGGGAGAAGAGGUUGGAGAGGAGCAAGCGCAGGUGAUCGUAAAGCGGUCACCGGCGCUGCUGGGCACGUUGUUCACCGGAGCUGGUGACGAAGAGGGUAGGAUUCCGCAUGUUUCACUCGACUACUGCUACAUGAACGCAGGGCAGGAAAAGAGAAGCGACUCGGAGAGCGACGGCAUUUUGCCGUGCUUGAUUGUGAAGUGUCACAAGACGGGUCGUUAUUGGGCGAACGUGGUUCCAUCGAACGGGGCAGAUUUGUUUUCUGUAGUGUGGUUGAAGGCUUGCCUCAAUGAGACAGGUUUCAAUGAGCUUGUUUUGAAGAGUGACAACGAGCCAGCCAUGCUUGCUCUGAAAGGCAAAGUGAAGGAGGAAAGUAAGCUGAAGAUUCACAUGGUUGAAGCACCAGUGGAAGACCAUCAAGCAAACGGGUACAUUGAGGUCGGUGUAUGGGAGCUCAAGCGUCAGGUGAGGGCCAUCUUAUCUGACCUGCAGGAACGACUUGGGUUCGAGGUUGAGCCAAGUCAUCCAUGCAUGAUGUGGCUGCCACGGCACGCCGCAUAUCUUCGGACCCGGUUUCGCAUUGGGCCAGAUGGAAAGACUCCCUAUGAAAGAACCUUCGGAAAGAAGUGGGGGACUCCUUUAGUGAGCUUCGGCGAACACAUCUUGUUCAGGCCAAGGCCACUUCGUGAUGGUCGACGACGCGAUCUUGCACCAAGAGUUUCAAUGGGGAUGUAUGUUGGCACAGGGUUGCGCAACAACGACGUCUUCGUCAUGACCGCGAGGGGAAUAGUGAAAGGUAACACUAUCACUCGAAGACCUCCCGAAGAUCAGUUCAAGUACGAGAACUGGAGUGAACUCCGGGGAGUUCCCUGGAGACUCCAGGCCCGUGAGCCUGGCGAGGUUCGAGUUGACCUGCCAGUCGUUGCGGGGCCAAUGACGAGGCCACCAGUUGAGGAGGUGAUUCCGAGGAAUCUCUAUGUGACGAAGAGCGACAACGACAAGUUCGGUUACACCCCACUGUGUCCAGGUUGUGAGGCACAGUUGAUGGGAACGGGUCGCAGAGCUCAUAACCCAGAGUGCAGGUUUAGGAUUGAGAGCGAGCUCAUGAAGACCGAAGAAGGAAAGCAGAGGAUUGAAGCUGCAAAAGCUCGGAUUUAUGCCGGGCGACGCCCUAAGGCUCCAAGAGUUGGAGGUGGGGCUGGCGAGCCAGAGGUUGUGGAAGCUGCCAGCGUUCCCGCGUUGGUAGGUGUUCCAGAGCCUGAUGCCGAAAUGGCCUUGGGAGAAGCUGUUGGAGAGCCACUUGAACGAGUUGCACGCCGCGAACUCGAAGACCGAGGAGAACAUCCCGGAAGCCCAAAGAAGAAACAGAAGUCCGGCGGACAUCGGACAAAGCGAAGUGCACAAGCAGACAUUGAAGAGCUGCAUCACCAGAUGCAGGAUGAAGCAGCCGUCCUCAGCCACCAAGAGUUGCAGUCGCAGCUCCAGACGCUUCAUCUGGAGGCAGCGGCACCAUGGAUUUAG